AUUCCUAGAGAGAGAGAGAGAGAGAGAGAGAGAAGAGAGAGAAAGUAGAGAGAGAAAGCGAAGAGAGAGAGAGAGAGAUGGCCGGUGUAGGACCGAUCUCGCAGGACUGGGAGCCGGUGGUCAUCCGGAAGAAGGCCCCCAACGCCGCCGCCAAGAAGGACGAGAAGGCCGUCAACGCCGCCCGCCGCGCCGGCGCCGAGAUCGAGACCGUCCGGAAAGCAAAUGCCGGCUCAAACAGAGCUGCUUCUAGCAGUACUACUUUGAACACAAGGAAGCUUGAUGAAGAAACAGAAAACCUUGCUCAUGAUCGCGUGCCGACUGAGCUGAAGAAGGCUAUUAUGCAAGCUCGAAUGGACAAGAAGCUUACCCAGUCCCAACUUGCUCAGCUGAUCAAUGAAAAGCCCCAGAUCAUUCAAGAAUAUGAAUCAGGAAAAGCAAUUCCUAAUCAACAGCUAAUCACCAAACUUGAAAGAGCCCUUGGUGUGAAGCUGCGAGGAAAGAAGUGAGAAUCAUCAUCUUGCAGUUGGAAGUGGGAACAAAAUGCUGUUUCUGUUUCAGCGUCUUCGUUUACGAGUCUUGGGAUAGUGGUGUGUAUAAGAACCUUUGUGUACCUCUGCAAUGGCUAUCUGUGAGAACCGAUUGCUCUUUCAACUGAUUUGCUGAAUGCAAUGUUGAUUACCUA